AGAAAGAAAAAUUUGAAAAAUUAUCGAUAAAAAAGAUCCACAAAAAGAUUCAACAUGAUGAAUGAUGAUUAAAUGACAUUCACGCAUACUCAACCAAUCUAUAUAAUAAAAAUAUCCAUCCAUUCAUUAUCAUUGUGUUGAAAACCACCGAAUAUCUUCGACAAUAACAACAAGAACAACAGCAACAACAACAACAACAACAACAACAAGGAAGAAUUGAGGAAAACAAAUUUGGUUUCAUAUUUCUAUUUUCAGUGUUUGUGUGUGUGUUUUUUUUGAUAACUUUAAAAAAAUUUUUUUUUGCCGGCAAUCGAUUAUCAUCAUAAUCAUCAACAUAUUGAGGCAAUACAAGUGAAAAUAUUUCCCAAAUGCAAAUGUUGUCACAAUAAAUGGAAUAUUAGCCAUAUCACAGAUUUUUAUCCAUCAAUUUUUUUUUCUCACAUCCAUUGUCUCAAUAUAUUUGAUUUUACAUUUUUAGUGUAAUAAUAAUAAAAAAAAUUGUAAUUGUAAUUAAUCUAAAUACAUUUCCAGGCAACCUUUCUAUCAUUACCUUAUGAUGGUGAUCAUCAUCAUUAUUAUUAACUGCCAUCAUCAUCAUCAUAAUUUAUAAUUUAUAAUUAUCGUCAUCAAAGAAAAAAAAACUAAUUUUUCAUCUUCCUCAAUUAUUGUAAUAUAAUAUCACAACUAAUUCAAGUGCCACCACCAUCACAUAACAUUCGAUUUGUUGUUGUUGUUGUUUUUAUUUUUCUGCUUCUGCUGUAAAAAUUGAAGUUUUAAUUGUUAAUAUAUAAUAAUUUUUUAUGAUGAUGACCUUUUAAAAAAGAAAAUGUUGUAACAUCAAAAAAUAGCAAAAAAAAAAACAAGCCACAUCCAAUUCAACCAUAGUAGUAGCUUCGUUUAUUAAUUUAUUGUAUUUUUUUCUUCAACAUUCUUCUGUUUUUUUUUUUUUGUUUCCGAUCAUUUUCGUUUAUUUUAUUGAUUUGAUAAAAAAAAAAUUUUCAAUUUUUAUUACUAGAAUGGCCUGUAACGAGGAUCCGGAAUUAAUUUUCACUAAACAAGAACGUAUCGGUAAAGGUUCAUUCGGUGAAGUGUUUAAAGGCAUUGAUAAUCGAACACAGCAAGUGGUAGCCAUAAAAAUUAUUGAUCUUGAAGAGGCUGAAGAUGAGAUUGAAGAUAUACAACAAGAAAUUAUGGUUUUAUCACAAUGUGAUAGUUCAUUUGUGACCAAAUAUUAUGGAUCAUAUCUUAAGGGUACAAAAUUAUGGAUCAUUAUGGAAUAUCUGGGUGGUGGUUCGGCUUUAGAUCUAAUGAAAGCCGGACAAUUCGAUGAGAUGCAUAUUGCAGUCAUUCUUCGUGAAGUUCUCAAAGGACUUGACUAUCUACAUUCAGAACGUAAACUUCAUCGUGAUAUCAAAGCGGCUAAUGUACUAUUAUCGGAAAUGGGCGAAGUUAAAUUGGCUGAUUUUGGUGUUGCUGGUCAGCUGACUAAUACGACAAGCAAACGUAGUACGUUUGUUGGUACGCCAUUUUGGAUGGCACCCGAAGUGAUCAAACAAUCUGCUUAUGAUUCCAAGGCUGAUAUAUGGUCAUUAGGAAUCACUGCAAUUGAAUUAGCAAAAGGUGAACCACCCAAUUCCGAUCUACAUCCUAUGAGAGUAUUAUUUUUGAUUCCUAAAAACAAUCCACCUCAAUUGACUGGCAACUAUAGUAAACAAUUUAAAGAAUUUGUCGAAGCCUGUCUCAACAAAGAUCCUGAAAAUAGACCAUCGGCAAAAGAAUUAUUGAAAUAUCCUUUCAUAAGAAAGGCAAAGAAAAAUUCGUUCCUAAUCGAUUUGAUUGAAAGAUAUAAACGAUAUAAAGCUCAAGGUGGUGGAAAAAGUGAUAGUGAUUCCGAUGCCUCUGAUUCUGAUGAUGGAAAAGGCAAGUCAACGGUUGAUACAUUAACAUGGGAUUUGACAAUCAAACAGAAUCCAAAACAAUCAAAUAAAAAACCAUUGAUAAAAGAAAUGGAACAAUUAUCGAUGAAUAAUCAUCAUGAAAACAAUAAUGUUUUACAUAAUGAUUCCGAUGGUGAUAGGUCAAUAAACAAUGAGAAUAAUAAUGCUGCUACUGUUACAAACGAUGUUAAUGUCGAUGUGAUUGGUAAACCAAACAAGAAACCUGUUGCGAAAUCGCCAUCUUCAAAAGAAUCAAAAUCAUCAUCAUCAAAUAAACAGGAAAAUUCACAUGUUAUCAAUAAUAAUAAUAAUAAUAAAUUGAUGAAUAAAAAAGAAAACCAACAACAACAACAACAACAACAGCAGCAGCAACAUUCACCAUCACAAUUACACCAUCGAUCUUCUAGUGCUAAUAAUAAUAUAACCGAUAAUGUGAUUGAAAAUUCUAUCAAUGAUAAAAGACAUUUUAUUGGUGAUGAAAUUAAUCGAAACAAGCGUCAUAAUGAUAGUGAUAUAAAUCAUCAACAACAAUUACCCAAACAUUCAUCAUCAUCACCAUCAUCUUCAUCAUCAACAUCGAAAAAUUAUGGUCCUCGAAGCCUUAACAAUAAUAAUGGUAGCCAUCAUCAUCAUGAAAUACAUUCAAACAUUAAUAAUAAUAACAACAACAAUAACCACAGUCAACCAUUAUCAUCAAUAUCGAAUAAAGGUAUCGAACAUACAACAUCAUCGAUUAUUAGUCAUAAUUCGUCGAAUCAUAAAAUUCAUUCCCAAAAUACGAUAUUUGCCAUCCUAAAUGAGCUAAAGAAAAGAGAAAAUCCACGUGAUAAUAUUGGUGAAUCGAAUAUCAAUAUGAUUGAUAAUCUAAAAAAUGCAUUUGAAACAGCUGAACAAUCAUUUCCAGGAGUAUCGGCAUUGUUUAUCGAUGAAAUUGUUUCAAGUCUAGCAGCUUCGAAUAGGAAAUAGGUGAAAAAAAAACAACUACAGUGAUAUAAUUUAUCAGAAAUUAAAUUUUUUUUUAUUCAUUCGUUAUAAA